AUGGAACAUAUAUUUCUAAUUCUUUUACUGUUUAGUAAGGCAUUGUCAGUUGGAGCUCAAUUCAAUGGAUACAACUGUGACGCCAACUUUCACAGCCGCUUCCCUGCGGAGAGAGAUAUCAGUGUGUACUGCGGGGUCCAGACCAUCACCCUUAAAAUUAACUUCUGCCCUGUCCUCUUCUCUGGCUACACCGACACGGACCUGGCGCUCAACGGUCGCCAUGGAGACGCCCACUGCCGCGGAUUCAUCAACAACAACACGUUUCCCACCGUCGUUAUCUUUAGCAUCAGCCUGGCAACGCUGGAAUCCUGUGGCAACUCCCUAGUGGUCUCCACAGCCCAGGGACCCAAUGCUUAUGGGAACCUGUCACUGGUGCAGAUUGGAAACAUUUCAGGGUAUAUCGACACGCCGGACCCCCCCACCGUCAUCAGCUACCUGCCAGGUCUGCUCUACAAGUUCAGCUGUAGUUACCCACUGGAAUACCUGGUCAACAACACACAGCUGGCUUCCUCGGCUGCUGCAAUUUCAGUGAAGGAAAGCAAUGGUACCUUCAUCAGUACCUUGAAUCUACUGCUUUACAAUGACUCGUCGUACGUUCAGCAGCUGGCCAUCCCCAUGGCAGGACUGACGCUGAAGACGCGGGUGUUUGCAGCAGUGAAAGCCUCAAACCUGGACAGGAGAUGGAACGUUCUCAUGGACUACUGCUACACCACACCCUCUGGAAACCCAAACGACGACCUCCGCUAUGAUCUUUUCUUUAGCUGUGAAAAAGACCCUCAGACCACUGUCUUCGAGAACGGGAAGAGCCAAAUGGGCCGCUUUGCCUUUGAAGUAUUCCGCUUUGUGAAGCACAAGAACCAGAAGAUGUCCACCGUCUUCUUGCACUGUGUCACCAAGCUUUGUCGAUCUGACGACUGCCCGAUGCUCAUGCCAAUCUGUGGAAGCAGAAAAAAGAGAGACGUCUCAGAGGGAAAGGAAUCAAGUACUGCAUCUGGAAAUGCCGUCUUGACUGCUGGGCCUAUUAUCACUCGGAGUGAUGAAACGCCGACCAACAACUCUCAGCUGGCUCGUCUGAAAGCCACAUCGUUUCAGAUGAACACAGUGACGAGUGCGCUCCUCUCAGGCGUCAUCAUCCUGGGCGUGAUGAGUGUUUGCUUCUUCAUCUUCUCCCUCACCCUCCUCAAAGGCAAAAGCCUCCCCAUCAGCACCCUAACCGGAGUCCGCAACCCAGCCUUUAACUGAGACCAAGUGACUGUAAACGUUCCUCAACAACAUGGAACACAAGCAAGCAACUGAUGUUUCACCACGUUUUGGCAUUUUUACACGAGGAUAAAAGCAACAUGUUUUAGUUACAGUUACCUGGUCUGUACAGUGUGCAUUAGAGUAGAACUAAAGCAGGUUUUUAUAUGUUGUCCUGUACUCACUUUGUGUUUCAUUCAUGUGUCAAGCCAGGCUUCUUUCUGCAACACCCACAUAGCUGGGGACACUCAUAACUUAAUUCAAUACCUCAGCUAAACAUCUUUGCAGGGUUUAGGACCUAUUACAAGGCUUUUCAUACAUUAUAAUAGUGUAUAAUCUGCUGGUCAAACUUGCACUGCUGAAUAAAACAACCUUGAUAAAAGCAAAAGUCAACCUACUGUAUAAAAUGUUUUUAAAAAGUGAACGUUUAAGUCAGCUAACACAAGUUGACAUUCAUACGCUUGAAGGUUUCCUGAGAUAAUCGCUAACUUUUAAAGUCUAUUUGAUGUCAUAAUUGAAAAUAAUCUUUAAUUUAUUAAUACUGCUACCUACUAGAGGGGUAGUCUUAUGAUUCAUCAAUGAAUAGGCCUGUUCUGCUUAAAUGUAAUAGUUAAGUCACUUUUAGAUCUUAUUUGCAAUGUGGAGGCAAUAAACUUGUUGAAGUUUGAUUGUACAUCUGUAUACUUCUCAAAAAUGUGUUCAUAAAAUGUCAUUAUUGACCUAUUCAUGAAAUGUUCCAGUUAUGUACACUUGUGCAUAUUGAAAAUAUUGCACUUUGACUUGUGAUUAAAAUUUGCCCUGU